AUGGCUGCUGAUGAACGAUUAAAAGCUCAACAGAAUAGAGAUAAGAUGGCUGAGAAAGAAAAAGAACUCAUUCGAAAACAAUGGAUCAAAGAUCCAUCUUUAAAAGUUCCAAGAAGGAAAGAUGUUUACUUCUCCAAACCUAUCACCAUAUCAGAACCAAGCACUCAACCAAAGCUUCCUCAAACUGGUCCCAAGGAUAAGGGAAAACAAAAGAUUGUCUUCAAGUCUAAGAAGAAAUUAGCUAAAGAAGCUCAAAUGGAGAUAAAUGAAGAAUUAUCUAAGCAACUGAAGGCUAAGGAAUUAAACUCUAAACAAGCGAUGCUUCUCAAAAGGAAAUCUUCAUAG